AUGCCCUCCGUGCCCGGCACAGGGCGAGGCCGCGCACGACCCCCUGCACCUGCAAGCCGACCAGCAGCCACACGCGCAGCCGGAGUAGCUAUCCCCGUCCCUGCCAGCAGUGACAGCGAGCCUCCAGGCACGGAUCUUCCCCCGCGACGGCCUGAACUCCUGGCCCCCGCCACGCCUGCCGCUGGCCCCGAGCACGUGCCGGCUUCGGCCUGGGAAUGGCUCGACACCAUAGACAUCGCCGAAGAAUUCGGCGCCCCCAUCCGCACCUUCCAAAGUGCGCCACGAUGCUUCGCCGGGGCGGCCCUUCGGGCAUUCCGCAUUUCUCUCAACGCCUUCCAAGGAACGCCGGCCUCUCCAGCCACCAUCCACCGCGCCUGGAAACUGUUUUUGCUGACGCCUCGCCUCCUUUUUCAUCGGCCGCCCGGGCCAGGCCGACUCGAACGAGGGGCGCUGUGCCAACGUGCUGACGACUUCCUGGCGGGACGCUGGCCGGCUUUGCUGACUUCCGCCCGCGCCUGCCGCGUUACUCGGCCGGCCCCCCCGUCCCCCACUACGGAUGGGGACGAGGCUGCCACCCGGCGCCGCCUCCGGGCUUGCUCCCAAGUCCAAUCCGGCGACUUGUCCCGCGCAAGGGCAACACUGACCAGCAGCCCCCUCGCCCCCGGUACAGCAGCCACCCUGGAGGCUCUCCGCGAUCCGAAUCGGCGCCCACCCACGCUGCGGCGGCCGAUUCCUGAAGAGGUUCUCACCUCCUGCACGCCGGCCCCGGUACAGCUUUCUGCCCGGGAGCUCGCAGACUCUUUACGCACCGCAAAGCGCGGAGCAGCCCCGGGCCUUUCUGGCGCUACGGCUGAGCAUUAUAAGCUGCUCCUGGAGGACCCGGCUGCCUUCCAGCUUUUCGUUUCCCUUGCCAACGCUUUGGCCCAAGCCGACGCGCCUGCCGACAUCCUUCAGGCUCUGUCCCUGGCCCGGCUAACAGCGCUGCAGAAGCCUGGAGGCGGCGUGCGCGGGAUCGCUACCGGCGACGCGCUGCGCCGCCUCGUUUCGCGGACCUUGGCACGGCACUUCGCCGACGUCCUGGACCAGGCCACCAGGCCGUUCCAAUUCGCACUCAAGGCCCGUGCCGGGACGGACGCCUUGGCCGGCCUCAUUACGGCCGCUUUAGAUUUGGACCCUGAAUGCACGGUCGUCUCUUUGGACGGUCGCGCUGCGUACGACAGCAUUUCCCGGGCGGCCUUCCUCUCCCAAGUCCGCUCUUCCGUCCCAUCCCUGCUGCCGUUUGCCAAGGCCUUUUACGGCCAGACAUCCACCUAUUACUGGUGGGACGACGGGGGCACCCGCCACACCAUAGCCCAGGGAGAAGGAUGCGAGCAGGGGGACGCGUUAGCGCCGGCCUUGUUCGCCCUCGGACAGCAUGCCGGCUUGCUUGCUGCUGCCACCCAACUCCAGCCCGGCGAAACGCUGGCCGCGUACCUCGACGACCUCUAUAUCCUCACAUCGCCCGCGCGUGCGCGCACCUGCCUCGACGCCGUUUCCCGGGCCGUCCACGCCCAUUCAGGCAUCGCGGCGAACCUGGGCAAGACCCGGGUCUUCCACCGGGCAGGUGGCCCCCCACCACCAGGCAUCAGAGACCUUGGCCCGGAUGUCUGGUGUGGAGGCGAGCAGCCGCCAGACGAGUGCGGCUUCCUUGCCUUGGGCACCCCUAUCGGCACGCCUGCUUAUGUCCAAGCGGCCUCGGCAGACCGCAUGCGUCGCCAAGCCGACUUCCUCCGCGAGCUCCCGCACCUGCCUGACUUGCAAGCCGCUUGGCUCCUGCUCACAUACUGCGCCGCGCCCCGGGCCCAGCAUCUGCUCCGUACUGUGCCCCCUACUCUGUCUGCCACGGCUGCGGCGGCGCACGACGAGGCCGUCUGGGAGACGCUGGCCCGGCCUCUAUGCAGCUGCACGCUUAGCACCCGCUGCCUACUGGCGCUGACGCGUUGCCAGUCCUCCGACAACGCGUGCCGGCUCUUGCAGAGCGGCUUACCGCCAUCCUCUCUACCGCUGCUGCCUCCGGGACAACGUGCCUCCACGAAGCAGCCGCGUGCGGGACACAUCUCGAUGCCCAAGGCUGGACCGCGCGACCUCCCUGGGACAUCCUUCUCUCUGGUCCCCGCGCCCCGCCGCCCCUCGACGAAGCAGAGCCCGGCCUCUUUCGGCACGGCUGGCAACAACCCGCAGCGCUCGUCCUUCAUACCGCACACAGCCAAGCUGAUUGUUCUUCUUCAGGAUCAGAGUCCUCCAAAGGAGGUCGUGGCCUUACUCGUCAUGGAGGCAGGGUGCUGCACAAGUACCCUGCUUUUGUUGCUCCCGGUGCUGCGCAAGGUGCUGCACAAGUACCCUGCUUUUGUUGCUCCCGGUGCUGCGCAAACUAUGCCACCACAGGUGCCACCACAGGUGCCACCACAGGUGCCACACUUGGUGCCGCAGCAGAUGCCACCGCAGAUGCCAGUGAUGCCCCAGCAGGUGAUGAUGCCAGGGCACCACCAGCAGCCCAUGCCCCAGCAGGUGGCACAGGGGCCAGGGGCUGAGGGGCCAAAGGCGCCACAGCAGGUGGCACAGGGGCCAGCCCAAAGGCCAAAGGCGCCACAGCAGGUGGCACAGGGGCCAGCCCAAAGGCCAAAGGUGCCACAGCAGGUGGCACAGGGGUCAGCCCAAAGCCAAAGGCCAAAGGCGCCACAGCAGGUGGCACAGGGGCCAGCCCAAAGGCCAAAGGCGCCACAGCAGGUGGCACAGGGGCCACCACCCAAAGCGCCAGAGACAAUGCCAAAGGCAGUGUCACAGCCCAGUGCCAAGACAACUGCAAACGCAAAGGCGUUACAGCGGUCCUUCGACAACCUGACCGAAAUGCAGAGCCGGGCCCAUAAUGCUGAGCUCAAGGUGAAAAAGCUCGAGCGGGACAACAAUCGACUUCGAGGUGAGCUCAAAGCUGCGCAAGAUCUCGUGGAAUCAACCAAGAAUGAGUACAAGCGGGAGUUCCACACGACAUUGCAGAUCCGAAUGAACAAUUUCGAGCAGCACUCAAAAGCAGAGAAGGAGAAGCUGCUGAAAGAGAGGGACGACCUGUCCAAUCAACUGUCCGAAUUGCAAGCGACGCUGCUCUAUGAGCGUCAGCUCAGAGAUGAAAACAAGACGCUGCAAGGCCCACCGGGUACCGUGGCCAAGUCGAAGGCCAAGCAGAAGGUCGAUGACUGCCGUGCAGCUCUCUUCGUCCACAACAACACCCAAGGCCUUUUCAUCGACAAAGACAUGGGAGCCAACUACAGAGCAGCAAUGGGAGCCAACUACAGAGCAGGUCGAGUUGGUUGUGUCAUUUGCAAGAUGACAAAGCAAGACAACGAGUACGGCAACUAUGAUGUGAUCACAGGCAACUUCAGCAACAUGAAGCGGCACUCGGAGUGCAAGCAGCACCAGCAAGCUUUGGCGCAGCUGGGGCUGAUUGAGGUCACUGCGGACGAAGAUGCUCCGAGCAUGAGUGCGUUUGAGCAGGUGGCCAGGGGUCGAAUGAAAGGCCCUUCAGCCCUCAGACAUGGAGAAGCUGGUGUUGGUGGCCGCAAGAAGAUCACUCAUAUGGUGCAGUGUUUGGGUGAUGCAGUGUUUGAGUUGGACAGACGUUUCAUAGCCACUGCUGAGACAAUCACACUGCAUACAGAUGUCAGGCAACUCAAGCUCUUGGUUCGCUUUCGUGCUGCAAAUCAGAAGCUGCAAAUCCGACGAGGGAUUUUGGGCAUCAAGGAUUUGGAGAGAACUACAUCAACCGUGCUUGCAGCUGCACUGCAACAGAUGCUCAGGGAAUUCUGCCAGCAAGACGAGGACCUCUACAAAAGUGUUUUGAAGCACAUUGAGGUGCUAGAUGCGGAUGCUGCCAGUGAUGAGCAAACCAGUGCCAGAGAAAUUCGAGCCAUGUUGCUCAAAGACGUCAAAAUUAUCCUCAAGGACAAAGCACAUGCAUCUCGCAGGGUCCUCUCCAGGCCAUGGAAUGUGAUUCCAGAGCUCUCUGAAGCAUGGUCGAUGUUUGUGGGAGACAGUUCCAGUGUGGUCCGCAUGAUCCAAAAAUCGGGCGUCCUCUCUGUGAAGUUUCAUGAGUUUUGCCAAACCAUUGAAUCAAGCCCAGUGUCUGCCAAGAGGAUUCGCAACUUGUCCUUCAAGAAACAACGCUUUGACUCAGUGUCAAAGCCCUUGGGAUGUGGAAUUCUGUUUCUCGAAGCAUUGUUCCAAACAGCUAUUUGGGCAACCAUUCACAGGAGAGGGGAAGAAGAUGGCAAAUGCGCGGAUGCAUUCCUUACAUGGGUGAAUGAAGAGAGGCUUAUUCUGCUCGGAAUGUGUGCAGAUUGCGCAGAUGCUGCCCUGGGCCUUGUUCGAAGCUUUGAUAGCGAAGACCAUGAUCCGGCCGUGUUGCAUUUGCAGGCUGAGCAGUUUCUGAGUGAGUUGCAUUAUCUCUUCAACCAAGGGGCGGUCCUCCGUGCAGAAGGCUACACCCAACACAUCCUGGUGCAGCUGCAUCAGGCCCGAGGAUUUCUUUUGAAGGGCGAAGCAAAAAGUCUUGGAGGGCCUGGGAAGGUAAAUCAAGUGAUGCUGACUCAAUGCCUGGUAAGCAUGAGGGCAUAUGUUUCACUGGCGGUGGAAGUGGUGAACACGGAGUUUCCAUACUUCGAGCUACUUGGGGCGUUCAAGUUGUUUGACGUGCAGCAAAGGGUGCAGGGACAUGCUGUGGAGUUUGAUGCUGACACUGUGAGAAAACAUGGCUCUAGGCUUUGUCAAGUCUUUGGGUUGAAUAUUGAUGCGUUUGUCAGCCAGUACUGGGACCAUUUGCCCAUUGCCAUCAAUGAAGCCAGAGUAUGUAUGACUGAGGCUCAUCCGAGUGACACGCUUCGAUUGGUCAUCAUGCGAUAUCUUGCCUUCCAUGGUUGCUCGACUAGUGGUGUUGAGCAGAAUUUCAGCAAGCUGCAGAAUCAAAUCACUCCUGCCAGAGACCACAUGGAUCCCGCAACCUACUUGGCAGAAGCCAAGGUGGUCAUCGAUUGCUCCGAAAAUGAUUUGAAAGAAGUUUGCAAGGUUGCGCAAGACUGUUGGCGCAAAGUCCAUGGACCCCCGAGAAACUCUUGCUGCAACCGAUUGGAUGCAGGGAUUCCAAGGAAAAGGCAACCUGAAAGUGAGGCGCAGUGGGUCAGAAAGCGCCGUCAGCAUGUGGGUGAGAACGCGGCUCUGGUAUCAAGGGAUACAGUGAAAGCUGCAAGUGAAUGGCAGGAACAAGUGGAUCGCACAGAGGAGGAUCAGGCAAAGAUUGAUGCCGAGUUUGGUUUUCAGCGAUCCAAGCAGAUGAAGAACCAAAUGGAGGCAUACUUGGAACGGGUGCUUCUGGCAAAUGAAGUACCCCCAGGAUUGCGUGAUCAAGUGGCACACUUCGUUUCAAACCAACAAAACAAUUUGCAGAAGCGUAAGGCCGAUGAAGCCCGAAUGCUUCAGCUCAUGAGCCCUCUCCCACCGGCGGUGGACUUUGCGUUCCACAAGUUCUUCUUGGAGAGAAUGGAGUGGCAAAAUUUGCCAAAUUUUCCUCAGACUUUGACUUUGGUGGCUGACCCAUGGCGUGCUGAUGUUUGUGUCGUUGAAGAUCCAGGAAGCCCUCCAGAUGUGGUUUUGUGGAACACCGCGCUGAAGGGAGGGCAUGUUGUGACAUUGGAUUUUGCCUUGAAGCGGGGCAAGGGCGUGUGCUUUAGCUAUGGGAUGGCCAUUGCAACAAAGAGAUCCAUCUUUGUCGAUCCGCAAGUUGCACAACAUGACCCUGUUCUUUCAGAGGCAGUGAGGAGAGUGUCACACAUGCCGCAAUCUAAAUGGAAGCUGCUUUCAACUUGGGCAGAGUUCGCUUCGGCCACUGACAAGGUUGCUGGUGAGCAUUUACCUGUCAAACAGAGGGGAACGCAGAGUGACAAAAGAUUGCCGCGUGGUGUCCUGGGCGCUGCAGAAGUGCCAGAUGUUUCUCUAGUGCCAUAUCAGAGAGUAGCAGCUUCAAAACUUCUCUGGGUGCUGCACAAGUUGAUCACGGUGAUGAUCCGGUCGAUUCCUGAACUCAAUCCGGUCGAGUACUUGCUGGUGGACAUCAGCACCGGCAAGCUGAUGUUCAGGAGACGCACAAAGGGUGGGCGCUUGGCAUGGUCUCCUGCGCAUGGCUCGUAUCGAAUUCAACAGUUUGAGGAAGACAAUGCCAAUGGCAAUCGUGUCAGUCUGUUCCUACAAGGCUUCCACUGCACGGGAUACCGCCCGUACUGGCGAGAUCACAUGUUCAUUGGAAAUGGCCAAAGCUUAACAGACACAAUUGGCCGUCGAACUCUGACGUUGAAGGGCAUGUUCGAGAUCAACAUGGCAACGAGCCUGGAGGAUGAGAAUGAGUGGGUCCUGGUCAGAGAGAUGGACUGGGUCAUGGUCAUGGACGAGAACAUCCCGCGGCUGCCAGAUGCAGAAGAGCUGUUCUCCCAGGAGAAAAUGGCAGAGACGGAGGAGCUGUUCUCCCAGGAGAAAUCGGCGGAGCUGGAGGAGCUGGAGG